AGAAGCAGCAAACACUAUUAAGAUGUCAAUCACCCCACGUGAUUUAAGUAGUGAACUGGCGGAUGUCGUGGAUGGAAUGUUAAGACAACAACUUAAAGCGUACUUGGAAUACAAUAAAAGAAACAAGCUUUCUACAGCCAGCGGACUGAGUGACUUCAUUAAGCAUGUGGAAAAUACUUACAACUUCACUUUAACGUCUGUGGGUGUGGGAUCUUUGGUAAUAAAAGGUCAGUGUCCUGACCUGCAAAGUCUUGAAAGUCUGUGGAAUGAUUAUUGUUCUGGUGUCCUGAAUGAAGCUGCAGAGAGGUUUUUGGUAACUGAUGAUAUGAAGAAAGAAAUCAAC